GAGGAGCUUUUACAGCCGCUGUGUCAUUCUAAACUCUAGAGGAUCAGAUUUAUCAUCCACCAGAGAAUCACUGCUUGGUUGUAUCCAUUUCUGAGAGUGUGGACGCAGGAAAGCAAAAGAAGGUAGCCCUACAGAGAAGAGAGAUUUUUCAAUAGAUCAUCUCCCACUGCUGAACAAAGAUGUCUCAAUUGAGUCAGGAGGAGGAUGAACAGAUACAGCGUCCUGAGGUGAGAGAAGAAGAUGUGACCGAAACAAGGAACAGACUUGGAUUUACUGGACCACCCAAGAGUAAGACGAUACAAGUGAUGGAAGAGUGUGACAAAAUGGGUAAAACUGCUCCCUCAGUGUUCAGUCGAGCAAAGUCGGGGGCAGAGACAUCUUUGAACACACGCUCGGCCCGACCAAUCAAGAAGUAGAAGCUGACCUUUUGUCCUGGACAUGGCAGCACCUUUUUCUUGUUAGUUUUUUUUGGUCCAGUUGUGCCUCUGUCCUUGAAAAAUCUCUUUUGAAAGCUGACAUUUGUAGAAGUCACUCUUAUAUUUGUACUCUAAAUGAUUAGUCAUUGAAAUUCAAACAGAGCCUUGAAGUAUUUUAAACAACAGGUUUUGUCUUAGUUUGAAAUAAUGUAAUUUUUUUUUAGUAUUGUUCAUUAGUUGAGCAUUACAAUUUGCAAGACUGGUAAUUUCUCCCAGUUUUACCUCAAGAGUAAAAUAUAAAGGGCAAAACUUAAACUAUUCAGUGAUGUUCAUCUCUAUGUACAGAAGAAGAACCUACACAGUAUUGUUCAUUGUAAAAAAAAAUUGGUGUACCAUUUUCUUUAGAAGUGAAAUAUUUUGUCAAAGAAUAAAAUCAAUGUAACAAAACUUGGUUCCUUGAGAACCAUAACUACUUCAACCUAAUGCAAUCUUGACCCCUUGUACAUGGAAAAAACAAUUAAAAGAUGGAAAAUAAAAAUAUCUGUGAAAAGCUAAUUUUGUCUCCUGUGUUCUGAAAUAUACAGCAGACAUGGAAAAAAGAUGUCAUGUAACUAUCAGAAAUUAAAAAGGGAACAAGUCAA